UUUAUGAUACUAUAAAUAGAGCUCGUUGAAUAAUUAUCAGUAUAGAGAAACAACAAAGCUCAAACCAAUAUGGCGAUGAAGAUGAUCAAGAACCAUGUAAGAUCUAUUAGCUUACCAUCAAGAUCUCAUCCUAGCACCGCAGCGAUUGAGGAGUCGCUGGAAAAAUUUAUUAUCACUAUGAACACGUCGACAAUGACGUCGUCUAAGUCCGUUUACUCCGGUUUAUCGGGGCUGGAGGAUCUGUACGACUGUACCGAAGAUCUUCUUAAGAUGGGUUCGACGCAAAGAGUGUUGUCGUUUAAUGAUGAGAAGAAGAAGAAGAAGAAGAAGAUGAUGAAGGGAGAGUUUAUGGAGGAAAUGCUUGAUGGUUCGUUGAGGCUAAUGGAUAUAUGCAACGUCUCGAGGGAUCUCAUGGUUGAGACUCAUGAGCAUGUUCUUGGUCUUCAGUCUUGUGUUAGGAGAAGGAAAGAUUUCGAUGUCUCGGGCUAUGUCGGAUUUAGGAAGAAUAUGAGGAAAGAAGUGAAGAAGCUUCUUGGAUCGUUAAAGAACAUUAAUGUAGGGUUAGUAAUGAAAGAUCAUGGUUAUGAUCAAGACGGUGAUAUUCAUUUAUUGGCCGUGAUUCAUGCAAUGAGACGUGUCGUUUCAAUGACAGUUUCGGUCUUGAAGUCGUUCUUGGAGUUCUUGUCGGGACGACAAAACGGGAAUGACAUAAGGAGCAAAUUGGCUUUGGUCCUCAUGAACAAGAAGUUUCAUGAUCACGAUAAGAUGGUCAAAAAUGAGUUGGAGAAUGUAGAUUCAGCGAUUUGUGGAGAUUCUAUCUCUUAUGAUGAUCUUCAUGUGAAGCUUGAGGAAGUUGAGGUAUGGAUUCGAAGGUUCGAGAAGAGUCUAGAAGAAUUAUUUCGAGGGAUGAUUAGAACACGAGCCUUGCUUCUCAACAUAAUCUCUCAAUAGGUGUAUAUGUAAUAUUGUCAUCUUCGUGGGCAUUCAGUUUUAGAGGAUUUGCCGAAGGGUACAUUAUACAAACAUAAGAUUUUGUAAACACUAGUUAAUUUCAUUUUAUAAAAAUAUAUAUUCAUUUAUUAAAAAAAACACACACAAUUUUGCGUGUACACGUUUUUGUAUCACUUGGUAAUUGAUGUCACAUUUGAAUCUCUGAUUUCAUGCUCUACCAAUUCUUUCCACAACUCCAUAAAUAACCCGCUAUAUUUUCACGAGUAUCGACAAUAAACUCAUUAUCUAAUCUUUGUCUUUUGUUUGUCCAUUUGGAAGCAAUGAGAGGUAUGUUCAUAAAAUUACUUGACCCGGGUCUAGUGAUUAAGUUUUGUAUUAAUGGUGGGCUCUGCUUAGCAUAGAAUUUAGGUUUAAAAUCUCGAGUAGUCGUAUGAAAAAAUCUCUUAUAUAUUAUUCUAAGUUUUUUCCAUCUUUCCAAUGUGAAAUAAUUUUUAUGGACAACCAAUUUGACUUAAAAGAAAUCUGCUAAGCCCACAAAAUUAAAAGGGCCAACCCGUUUAGGCACUUUUUGAUUUAUAGUGUCAAUAAAUAGGUUACAACCUAAAUUCUUACAUUGAACCCGUUGUAACGCCCCCGAACCGCUCUAUGGCCGGACAAGCCACGGGCGACCCGAAGACGUCACAUAGACAGCUCACACAGACGUUCCAGCAGAGGUUCCAAACGAAUUCAGACCCUUAGCCAGACCAUCCGCGCGAACCGUCCCUCCCGACUGCGGUUUAGGCUUUUCAACCCUUACCGUGAUCGCGAGUUGUGUUAGUCCGGACAAGACUAAUAUCGGGUGAAACACCCACUUUAUAAGAAAAUUACUCCUUUUAUAUCAUAUAACUUUUGUACAAUAAGUAUCCAACUUCGAUUCUCAUCUCCUGAUAUUAAUCCUUACACUUUGGCGCUUCGCCUUUUACCACUUCUUGCUCCUUCACCAACUUUGGUUUAUUCCUUUUCCAACACUCUUGAUCACCACUCCUUAAAGAUUCUUCUUCUCCAACAACUCACUCACUCCUCCACUUGCCCUCACUCGAGUUACAAGCUCACGUUACUGAGCUCGGCCAAAGUCCUUCAACACUUUAAAAUCUUGGUUGCGGUCCCCCACGUUUUCGAUAAUUCCAUCUCAUAAAACUUUUUACUCCAUCCGAUACUCAAACUUAUCUUCAUCCACUUCCUCAUCCCUUUAGUACCUCUCCUUCCAAAGGCUUCACCUUAAUGUUUCUUAAACUGGUCACACUUUGCAACAACUUUCCCCUCAAGUCCUGGACCUUCAUGAUUUGAUUUCGUGCUCGCCCAACAACAUCUCAACGACGAAUUUCUCUUAAAUCUUGGAUUCUCCUUUGAACCGUAACCAUUUCCUCAGCUCCCCAUUACAUCUCGCUCGAUUACCCACAUUUCCGCUACGAUCUACUUUCGUGCCUAUUCUUAUUUCUUGCAACAAAUUAUCCUCGUCGUUGCUUCAGCUCAUCACACCUUCUUUAUCAACUUCUAUUCUUCAACUCUUGGAUCAUUGGAAGAGUAACGAGAAGAAGUUUAUAAACGGAGUAAGGUGGAGUUGUGAUGGGAUUAUGGAUUUGAGAUAGUGAAGUCCGAGAGAAG